CAUGAAUGAUUCAUGCAAGGGGAGAAAAAGUGCGAAUUCUAGUUGCAAGAUCGAUCGUUGACGUGUCGUGGUAGGGCAUGUGAGCUUGCAGCCAGUACUUUGGUUGUUUGAUGUCGAUGUGAUGCUCGUGACUCACUUAAUUGCUUCCCUCUCUUGGUUGGCACUUAAUAAUUCACUAAAUCACCACAGUUUAAUUAGCUAGCAUAUUCAGUUUCUUUCUUUCUUCUACCUCCCCCCCAUUUCGCUUUGCACCAUUCAUCGAUCUGCUCUCUGCAAGACGUGGCACCUUCCUCCUUGUGUUCUCUGACUUGAUCAAGCUGCAAACUUGCAGGAGAUGGGAUGCUUCAAUUCCAAGCCAAACGACACCGGUGCGAUCAGAAGAAGACCCGGGAGCAUAGGCGAGGUGGCUGUGUUCGUGCCUGGAUUGAGAGUACCCGAGAGCUCGGAUGAGCUGCCCCUUCAGCCGCUAGGUGAUGGCCUCCCAAGGAGGCUCACCGAACGCCUGGCCGCGUUGAGGAAUCGGAUAAUUGUCAUGGCUGCUCAUGAGGCACUGUACAUGACCAAGCCCACCUGGAGGAUCACCAUCACUCAGCAUGGGGGGUCUAAGUCAGCUGAUCUUCUGCAAGCUUUGGAGGAUUACUUGCCCACUCUUCUUGGCCUAGUAAAAGAUGGGAGCGAGUUGGAAGAUAAGGUACAGUUUGCAUGGAUGAACCAAGAGGAUGACGCAGAGGAUACGUCAAUGCCCAGUGCUUGGUAUGAGGUGCUAUCAGUUCUACACUUGAUGGCUCUGCUGCGUUUGUCCCAAGCAAAUUCCCUUCUUGUUCCAAAGACAUCCAUUGAGGGAUACCAUGCUAAGGUAUCUGAAGAAAACAAACGAGCUUCAGUGGAGAUAUUUCUCAAGGCAGCCGGAUACUUGGAGUGUGCAAUCCAGCAUGUUCUACCUAAGAUAUCGCCGGAGAAAAGGAAAGGUCUUCCUGUGGACUUAGCUGAAGGAAUCCUGAAAGCUAUCUGCAUGCAAGCCCUGGGUCAAGCAAUUGAUGUUCAGCUUGGAUUGGCAAUUGACAGUCCAAAGGCUACCUUGGCAGUGAAGAGGAGGCUGGCAUGUGAGAUGGUCAAGUGCUGGCAGCAGGCACAUGAAAGCAUUUCGGACCUACCUCUGCUUGAUGGCUGGGCAGAAAAGCACAGGCUCUUUGUUACAUGGAAACACAUCGAAGCAAAAGCUGCGGCAUACUACUACCAUGGACUAAUCCUUGAUGAAGGAAACAGUGAGAAAUCUCAUAGGACGGCGGUGGCAGCGCUGCAAUCAGCGGAGGAGUUGCUCAAAGAGAGCAAAGCUGCAUGUGAAGCCUUCCAUGCGGCAUCUCCUGUUUCAAGAAGCCCGCCGCUGUGGGGAUCGAUGAGGUAUCUUCAGGAGAAGAUACACAAGGAGUCGUCGUGCAAAGUUCGGAUCAACAAGGACCUCUACAACAAGGACAACAUCAUCAUCCAUGACCAUGCUGACAGCGCGCCGCCGCUGCCGGACUUCGCCGUGGCUCUCAAACCCGACGAGUAUCGCCUUCCUCCCCCACUCACUGACACCAAUUAAGGAUCGAGUCGACAAGGGAGAAAUUAUUAAGGUCCAAGGCAUCAUGCAGAUGCAGAGGAGGAAGAAUCAAUCAAAUAAAAUCUAUUAUGUAUAUUCAUUCAUAUUGUGCCAUGUAUGUAUGCAUGGGUGUCACACCGCACCACAUGUUGCAAGAAAAAUGAAAGAGAAGCUAGUUACUACUACCUCCAUACAUAUAUGUAUGACAUUGACUAGUAUAAAUUUGAACUAGCCAACAUCAUAUAAAAAAACCUGGAGGGAGUACUAGCUAGCUAGCUAGGAAAAAAAAUUAAAAUUUUUAUAAAAGAAA